GUUGUUGCAAGUUUCGGAGCGUUGUACUGGUUUGAAGACGAAGUCCCUGUCGUUUCUUGAGCUGUCGGAGAACUCCAUUGAUUUGCCUCAGUGUCCAUCGUUCUUCCCUUGCUCUUUUUGUCAGUUGUUUACAGUCUCGCUCGAGGCGGCAAGAAUUGCAAGCCUUAACUUCGGACGCUAUAAAGAAUCUCGCGCAGAAUGGCGGUGUUAUCGUCGGGCUAGUUGCUAGUGCCGUGCAGAGGCGUGCGGAAAGUUGUCGGGUAGCUGUCUGCCCGGACGUUCAGAUAGGGUUCUUUGCGCACGUUCCAGCAGCGACCAGGACGCAGAACAUUUCUUGUGCGUGCCCAAGCGAACAUGCUGGGUGCCGUAAGGAAUUUCGUUGCAAAUCCGGCCGGCAGGCAUGUGUCAGCAAGUUCCAGCAGUAUAUUCAACCAGUCGAAUCCGAGAACACUCCCGCAAUUCAACAAUACCGCUGUAAACUCCGCGCGACAGUUGCACACAUUGUCGAGACCGAACCGAGUAUUUUACGACAAAUUCAUUGCGUCCUUCCACCGGCCUGGAAUGCCAAGCACGUUCAAGGUGACAGCGGAUCGACCCUGGUACCCACGCCGAAUCUUAGAAUGGGAGGUCAUGCCGCGGGAUGAGUUCGGAGUGCCUGCACACAUCCCGCCAGAUGUGUCGACGACAAUCGCUCACACGUAGACAUAGUUUUCCUUUUCUUUGCGUUUUCGGGAACGAAGUUGGCCCUUUGUGUAAAAAGACAAAAGUGCUGCAAUUGCAGUCAGUUUCAGUGCUGCCGUGGCAACGACUGGAGGAUCGAUAUCUUUUCAUUUCAGGUAUCAUGUCCCGCCAGAGUACUUUCCCUUUCUGAAGAAGCUCGGCGAAGAGACCCCAUCGAUGAAGCCUUGGAUGGAAAAGUUGAUCAAAGGUGCAGAAAGAGUGCUUCAUGAUUGCGAUCGGUGUUGACGCUGAUUCGCCACCACUGCGUGGCGAAUUGUAAAAGAAACGAAUCAAAACUAACUCUGUGCAGGUAAAAUGACUUUUCCAGACUACGAAGAAAUGUUUUACUCGCACGCCAAGCCGCUCCGUGUGCACCGCUCAAAGCUUGCUUUGCCGUACCGAACGGAGGAAGAGGUCGCGAAGUCGAAGGAGAUAGACUGGGAAUCGAAGUGGAUGAGUUUCCGGCAACGUGUUCGAGGUGAAUACUACACCAGAUACUACUUCCGUGAGUGGUUCCUGGGGAUGCUCAUCGGUAUAUUUUUGCUUUGAUAUAAUUACAGUUCUUGGUUGGGGUUGCAGAAACAGAUGUAAGUAGAAAAAUCAUGAGCCACGUAAGAAACUACGUAGGUGCAUACAAAUGAUAAAUUGAAGCAACUACUAAACUUCGACAGCGCUCUGGAUUGUGCAGAUGGUGGGGACGCAGGUUGCUUUCUACUGCGAAGACAUGCGGUUGUUCUACCUCGAGGCACCCGAGCACAAGAUCAAUUGGGUGGUGCCGCGUGGAGACUUGUAAUUCGGAGAGCUAGCUUCUUGUCUUGCUCUUGUCUUGCGCAUGAUUGUCUAUGCAGCACGACAAUAUUGAAAUUGAAGUCAUUGAUAUGACCGAGGUCCUGCGCUCGGACCCUCGUGCGAAUACAGUUGUUGAGAUUUAUUCCGAAAGUUGCUUCGAGAAAGUAGGAUGUCAUGUGAUUCGUGCCUUCAUCUCUCGGACGCGCCGAAUUUCGGGAAAAUUCGAUAGUCCGACUUGUAUUCAGAAGCAUAGUGUUCCUUAUUUUUUUGCGCUCGAGUAGCUUUUGGUUUUGUUGUUUUUUCCUGACGACCUGAAGGUCUCCGUCUCAGCCUCCCCCACCAGCAGCGUGGCCGCCGAAAUGCCAAGAGCGCCCACUCGUACCGCGCCGGAGGCCAGCAGGCUGAGCCGGGGCGCGGCAGCCGGCACCCGGGGCGCGGCACCCGGCACCCGGGCCAUGUUAUGGGUCCGUGGGCGUCCGUGUAGGAACGGGUUGGGAGAAAGGCCGAGAGAAGGCCCUGGCGCCCCGGCGAGCUUUGUGGUACCGGGGUGCGCGCCAUGGCGAAGGAAGCAGACGAGAACGCGGGGCCAGGGCCAGUGGCGUGGCUGAUGGAUCCCGCAGGCGGCCACCGCGCGCAGAGGUUUUGGCCGCGCAGAAGCCCAGCCCGCGCUUCCUGCCAUAAUGGAGCGUCGCGGCCCGGGGCCGCAAGUGCUUCCGGCAAGCAAGCAGGCAAGGAGAGGGGGCCGAGGGGCGCAGCCCGUUCGCCCUGGUUCCGGAACGGCAGGCGGCCGCGACCGGAGUCCUGCCAUAGUUAGUGGGUAGGCAACCACUCGGCGGGAGGCGCCAGCAAUCUGCCAGGGCCUGAUGGCUGCUAGGGUGGGCGGUUACCCGCCGGGCCUUUCCGAUGCCUCUCGCGCGACAGUUCGGAGCCGCUUACGAGCUGGGGGCCAGCCAUGCGACUCGCGACAAGGCGCCCCGAUUGGUAGGAGCCCGCCCGCCCGAAUGGAAAGGGCGGGCGGCACAGUGCCGACGGCGAGCGGGUUGGUCGGCGACCUCCAGGCCGCGGCGUGCGGCGCCCCUCCUUGGGCACUUCUCUAGCGCCGGUCUGCGUGUUGGCGGGCGCGAAGCUCUUGGCCGGCGCGCUUUCGCCGGCGGGCCAGCUGGCCCGCAGGGCUUUGCCGGCAGGGCUUUCGGAAUAGGCGCCCGCCUUCGGGCGUUUUGGGGCCGCGGACACUCCCAAGGGCGCUAGCGCCGUGCAAUUGGGCUCGCGCCGCGGCGCCCCCUUUUCGUCCCCAUCCCGCCGGGGCCGGGGUGGGCGCGCGGUUGGGGAUAGGGGACGCGGUCCGGCGUAGCCCGGGCCGGAGCUCCUCCGCGGAGCCCGCCGGCGGGGCCGGGGAGUGUGCGUCGCCCAGGCGGCCCCUUUUAGGGCUGGAACUACUGCGGAGAAACGGAGGAAAGUUUCUGCAAGGGGACGGGAGUGCGUCUCCUCAGGGGCCUAAACAAAGGGCCCAAGCAACGUGGCAGAGACGGACAUAAAAAAGUCCUCGGCGUGCAAGGGCUGUGGGCCUGCAGCACCAAAUCGACACAGCUUUGGAGGAGAUCAGGGAAGGCCGGGCGUUUGGGAGACAGGCGGGCGGGCCUUUCAGCUUGGCAGGGCGUUCGGCCUCGUUGCGAGGGCUCCGCGCGUUGUGUGUGAUGGUGCCCGGCGCCAUGUUCUGCCGGGCGCGCGCGCCGCCACGGGCAGAGGGUUUGCAGGCGUUGCGCCCAUGCCCGCGGAGCUCCUGAAGCGGGCAGAUACCCCCCGGGCCACGGCACAGGGGCAGCAUUGCAGCGACGCCGGCCGGCGGCCAUUGCCCGCCCGGGGCGGGCCUCCCCACAAUAUGAGGAGCGCCGCAAUGAGCAGGCGGGUGUACGUCGGGCCCGCUGGCAACACGCGUCACCUUAUGCGCGCCGUGGCCGCCGGGUAUUUACGGGCGGGGUGCCCCCUGUUGCUUGCAGCUGCGAAGGACGGCGCCGCCGGCCUCUUCCUGGGCUGCUUAGGGCAGCAGGCUGCCCGGCUGCUUCGGGGGAAGGUCCACCCGGCUACGGAGGUAUGUGGUUCGGGCCCUCUUGCGUUUCCGGGCCGCCUUGCGUCUCGUUUUUUCCGCUUCCCUGUUUCGCGGGUUUUGGCUCGUGUUGUGCUUCGCCUGCUAACGCCGCCCCGGGCCGCCGGGGCGGGGCCAGGGGUCUAGUCUUCUUUUUUCUUUUGGCAUUUCCGGCCCCUGUUGCGCUACGCAUGCCGGCGCCUGGUUUGAAGCAGUGCGCGGAGGGGUCGGAGGUGCGGGGCCAAUCGGAUGGGAGUGCUUGGCGUCUUGUGAAUAUGGGGCGGGCCCUCUUGCUGGAUGUGCAUGAUAGCGCGGGCCCAGAAGCACAGAGAAAGAAGGAGGGCGCGUAUCUGGCAGGGCGCCAGACGAUUGCUGCCGUGUUGUCUAGCGUGCCGCGUAGGGCCGCGCGCCCGAGCAGCUGGCCCCACUCCGGCAAGAAUGGGGCCGGAGGGGGGCGAUGGGUUGACGUGUCAGGCCCCAUCCCGCUCGCUCCGUGUGCUUCAGAUAACUAAGGGCGCGCCCGGGGCGGCGCCGCGGUUUGGGCGCGGGCUGUCUGAGCAGGGGAAGCGACGGGCGCGAUGGGCAAGGGGGCGCGGUAGCUCACGCCGUCGGCCUAUCGGAUUUCGCCGGGUUCGAUGGAUGUUCCGGUCGCGUUUAGGUGAGGACUCGGGAAAGGG